AUGAUCUUGAUUUUGAAUGGCUGUGCUUCCAAACCUGAUUUGACCAAGCAGCUUCCACUUUAUGCCAAAGAACAGUAUUCAUAUUUAAGAGAGCAAUAUGGAGCCAUUAUUCCAACUCUUAAUUCAUUUAGUGGAAAUCCGUUGCCCAUUUUACACGAAACCAAAGAUAUGGCAGAUUUCGAUAUUCGUCCUUCAUUGGAAAAACAUUGUGUGAGGUUUGAGACAACCCCAAAUAGAAAACUAGACAGUUGCAAAACCAUUGAAAUGAUGAACCGAGAUCUUAAACUGCUAGCUCAAAAAAACAUUCCACAGUCUGUGCUAUACGAGUUUUUAAGUCACGCAAUUUUUCAAGAUCAUGAUCAGUCUUUUUCCGACCUUUACUCGGGAAUUCCAGAGAGUAUUCUUGAAAACGCAUCUAGUCCUAGUAAAUCCAUCGACUAUUUUAAGCAAUUUAUUUGGCAAGUUCCAAUAGAAAUUCGGAAAAAAAAGAUUUGUAUGGAAACGAUGGGCGAGUUUCCAACAGAUUUGCAUGGACAGGUUCAACUAAAAAUUCCACUGAGCUUUCGUGUUUCUAAUAUUCUUGAUUUGGCAACACUCUCUAUCCAAAUUAUGCUGGGAGAUAUCGUUACUGUAUGCAACUCAUUCACUAGCCAUCCAGCGCGUUUUCUGCGUCCUUUGGAAUGGAUGGUGGAUAUGGAGAUACCCAUAAGCAUUGCUUAUGCGAAUGGACCAGUUUCCAUUACCAUUGCCUGCAAGGUCAGAGAAGUGACUUUGUAUAGUAUAGUAAAGCGCUUUGAGUUCAAGUCUUAG